GUGACAGCAACAGCUUAGAGGCAAUGUCCACUUGACAGCACUACAAGCAGAACUGAUUUUUCACCAUUAUGGACAUUUUCUCUUAAUACACUCCUUUAAAAACUUCACCAAUGGCUGUUUCACAGUCUUACAACAUCAUUGUGGGCUUGGGUAUUGUUUUUGCUUUUUCACCUCAUUUGAAUAUGGGAUUGUUGUCUGACUACAAGAUCUGCGUUGAUUCAGAAUGUCAGAGCAAGAUGAGCAGAGUGCAGGCCAUCAGAGAUCACUGUGGUAAAGACUGUCGUUACCUUAGCUUCAGACAAGGAGACACCAUCUUUGUUUACCACAAACUGACUGGAAAGAGGGAAGACCUCUGGGCAGGUUCUAUUGACAAACAGUUUGGCUAUUUCCCAAAGGAUGCAGUGCGACAGGAGCAGCUUUAUGCGACUGUGGAGAAAAUAGUGGAAACACAAGAAUCUGAUUUCUUUUGUAUGGAUGAGUUUGGUUAUCCCAUUGACUCCAGUCAUCUAGACAAUGAUGAUGACAAUGAGGAUGUUGAUAGGACCCAAAACCAGGAGCCAGAAACAGCACAAGCUGCCCCGUCUUUGGAUAAUGAGAAUGCCGAAAGUCCAUCAGCAUCAGAAGACGUCUCAACAGAAUCUGCAGAGUCAGCACAGGAAGCCGAGGGUUGCACACAGGAAGAGCCGGACAAAAACACAAAUCCUGAUGAUAAUGCUGCUGGGACUCAGGAGGGAGCACAAGAGGAUCCUGCUGCUUCAAAGGAACAAGGUGGGUCUACCUCCUCUCCUUGGCAUGGUUCUUCAGUGACAGGAUGGUUAGGUCUUACUAAAGAGGAAGAACCCGCAAAUGUGGCUGAAAGAGAGAAAGGAGAUGUGAGAGAAGAGCCUCAGGAUGAAGCUUCUUCUUCUUUCACCUCUUCGAUGACACAAUGGCUGGGGAUGGGAGGAGAUGGUGGAACAACAGAUACUGAUGUUAAAGAAAGAGAAGAAGAGGGAGAAAAUGCAGAAUAUUUCACUUCAACCAUGACUGGGUGGCUUGGAUUUGGAGGAGAGAAAGAAACUGCAAAUUCUGCAGAAAAAGAAGAAGAAGAAAGGAAAGGAGAUGAAGAGCAAGAACCAGCAGAGACAUUUAGGAGUAGGAGGAUGUCUCUGGAUCUAGAAGGCAGCCAAUUACAUGAGGAGGAGGAGAAAGAAACGGGAACGAUGGAUUGGCUUGGAAGCGGACUUUCAAACACGCUUGGAUUUGGCUGGACCAAUCAGGAGUCGGAGAGACCUGAAAGCCAGGUCCAGGAGACCACUAAAGAAGAGGAACAGCCAGCGUCUGGUUCUUGGUAUGAUUUGGGAAUUGGGGACAUAUUAGGCUACAACAAAGACAAGACUGAUGAGAGUACAGGAAGUGGUUUUCAGGAGCCAGAAGAUGAUGAAACAUUAGACCAGCAGACAGGGUCAGAGAGAGUGGACACCAGUCAAUCACAACCUACACUCACAGAGGAAGUAAGGACAGAAACAAUCCAUGAAUCAAAGAUGGUAAAAAUGACAGAAGACCAAAAUGCACAAUCAGAGACAGCACCUGGCACCACAGAACCAAUCACUGCUGACAGUGAUAAUAACAGUACAGGUGCUUCAGACAGUAAAAGUAAAAGUAGUGAUUUACCAGGAAGUGCAGCAGCUGAGGCCGUAGGAGGAAAGUCUUCAACGCCUGACAGCUUUUCUCAAAUAGCAAGUAAGGAAGAUGAUAAAGAAGAGGCAGUGAUUGAUUAUAAGACAGAGAAUACUGUGCUCGUUGGGGAACGAUCUGCAGAAAUUGAAAGUAAAGAUCAUCAGACAUCCAAAGCAAUCAAACACGAGGGGGAUGAUAAUGACAGCCACACAAGAGAAGAAAAAAUUAAAACUGUGAGUGAGACUGAUCAGGAUUUAUUGACACAAUCUCACACUGAUGUGUUGUCCAAUUUAAGUUCUAUGGACUCCACAGGACGACCUGAAAGUGGAUUUGAGGAGGACAAAACAGAGAACCAGGUGGGGGAAAGUGACAAGAUCCAGAGUCAUAUUGAUGAAUCGGCUGAUUUGCUUGUUAAUAUAAGUGCUAGAAAGGAUGAGCAUGAAGAGGAUGUGAAUAAUGAAGAGGCAGAUGGACUACACAGAGACAUUACUGAGACUGAAGGUUCAGCUGAACAUAUUCACAUUGGUAGUGUUGCUGGAGAGAGCAUGGUAGAGAAUCAUAAUCAAAUAUUCAACAAGCAUGAGACUUUAGAACGGAUAGGAAGCGUCGCAGAUCAGGGGUCUGUGUCUCCAGACAAGCAGCUGAACGCCAACCGAGGUGAAGAAGACGCACAAGAGCAAAGAGACACUGUUACAGACACUGAGAUAGAUAACCUACAGUCAGUAACAACUAUCACAACAGGGAUUGAGAAAUACGCCCUGAAUGAAAGUGGGCCUACCUCGUUUAAAGAUUCUGAUACAGAGACUGAGAUCGAGGAAGAGGGCGAGUUAAACGGAGAGAGGGAGCAGAUGGGAACAGAGGAGUUAAAGAAAGAGCAGAAGCAGAUGGAGUUGAAAGAGGAGGAAGAGAUAAGGGCACAAGAAGAGCAGCAAGAAGAGGAUGAGGAAAAACAGGAUAAAGUAAAAGAGUCAAAGGAAGAGGAGAAGCAGCAGGAAGUAAAGGAGAUAUCAGAGAAGGGGAAACCAGGGCAGUUGGAGGAGGAAAAGGAGGAGAGGACACAGGAGGCAGGGAAGGAGGUAAAAGAAGAAGUAAUCCGGGAGGAGUUUGAGGAGUCAAAAGAAGACAAAAACCAGGGAAAGGAAGUGGUGAAACAGGAUGAGAUAGACGAGUUAAAAGAAGAGGAAAAGAAGCAGGAAGUAAAGGAGAUAUCAGAUGAGGGGAAACUGCUGGAGUCAGAGGAGUUAAUGGAGGAGAAGACACAGCUGGAUAUAAAGGAGAUAAAAGAAGUAGGAAUCCAGGAGGAGUUUGGAGAGUCAAAGGAAAGACAGGAGGAAGAGGCGAUGCAGGGUGAGAUGGAGGAGUUAAAGGAAGAGGAAAAGCAGCAGGAAGUAAAGGAGAUAUCAAAAAAUGAGAAUCCAGUGGGGUUGGAGGAGUUAAAGGAGGAGGUGGAGGAGAUAAAAGAUGAAGGAAGCCAGGAGGAGUUUGGGGAGUCAAAGGAAAAGGAAAUACAGGAGGAGGAAAAGGUGACACAGGAUGAGACAGAGGAGUUAAAGGUAGAGGAAAGACAGGAGGAGGAAAUGGUGACACAGGAUGAGACAGAGGAGUUAAAGGUAGAGGAAAGACAGGAGGAGGAAAAGGUGACACAGGAUGAGACAGAGGAGUUAAAGGUAGAGGAAAGACAGGAGGAGGAAAAGGUGACACAGGAUGAGACAGAGGAGUUAAAGGUAGAGGAAAGACAGGAGGAGGAAAAGGUGACACAGGAUGAGACAGAGGAGUUAAAGGAAGAGGAAAGACAGGAGGAGGAAAAGGUGACACAGGAUGAGACAGAGGAGUUAAAGGAAGAGGAAAGACAGGAGGAGGAAAAGGUGACACAGGAUGAGACAGAGGAGUUAAAGGUAGAGGAGAAGCGUGGCAAAGUGGAGGACGAGCAGCAUCCGAUAGAAGAGAUAGAGGAGGAACUACAGAGAGUGGUAGAAGAGUCAAAAGAAAGGGAACAAACGGAAGAGUUCAAGCUGUUGUUUCAAGGAAGUGAAAAAGAGAAAAAAGAUUGUGAAGAAGAACAAGUUAAAUUAUCUCACUUUGAGCAAGAGAUAGAAAACAUGAACAGGCCGGAUUCAGAGAGCAAAGAGAAAGAGACACAAGAUGAAGAAAGUGUAGAAACAUCCUCACAGACUGACGAAAGACAGACAGAGAAUCCACAGGUGGAAGAAGCAGAAAAAGAGGAGGAAAACAAACAAAAAGAGUCACUUCAUGAGGUACAGGAUGCUAAGGAGAAUGUAGAGGGAGAGAGGAGGAAGAAGGAAGAAGACGGGAGCGAAGAACAAUUUGUUAGGGCUAGAGAUGGAAAGGAUUCAACUAAUAAGUUCUCAAAAGAAGAAGGCGAUGUAGUGGCAGGGAACCCAAAUCCAGAAUCUAACAUGACAUUGAAGGGUACAGAGAGAGAUGAUGAUAGACAGCAGGAAGGGGGAGUAAAAGAAGACAAACGACAUGAUGAUGCUGAGGCUGAUCUUAAUGCUUUGGGACUCAAUCAGUCAGAGAACAUGGAAAACACAAACAAUGAUCUGAUACAUUCAGUUGAAGGUAAAGAAGUUUCAUCAAGCCAGACAACCGAGGUCAAAGAAAAGAUUCCUGAGCUUACUGGAGACAAAGUGCUCUAUCAGGAAGAUAAAACUAACGUUGAAGAAACUGGCAGUAAAGAGCUUUCCCAUGAAGACAAAAUAGAGAUGAAAAAUGGUGAUUAUAACAAGGAAGAGAGGGAGCUCAAUGAUGAUGAAAAACUGAGCGAUUAUGCUGAUGUUAAGGUGACGAAUCAAAACAUGGUUGGUACUGAAUUGAUGACAGAUGGAAAAAUUCCACCCGGUGAAGCGUUUGAAGCUCAGGCUGUGAUAUCUGAAGAAACGGCUCCACAACGUUCAACUGGUUCCCCGCUCCAGUCUCAUAGUCUUGAUGACUCUGAAGCUGAAAGUGGAGGUGCGUUUGGCCUUUUCCAAAAUGCCUUUAGCUAUUUUAGACAAACACCUACCGCAGAGACGAAGGAAUCCACAGACACUGCCCAAAGUUUGGACUCUUAUACGCUUGAAACAUCCACCGCUCUGACUCCUGAAGAAGAAGCAGAUACAGCCACUGAAUCAAGCCAAGUUUAUGUUCAAGAUUUGCUCACAGAUACUUCUGACAGCCUGUCACAUAAGCAGCCUUCCUUAUUGCAGACCCCCUAUUCUCAUCCAAGCUCUAUUCCUCUGAACGCAGAGACUCCAUCACAAACAAAAACUCUCUCCAGAUUUUACAAGAACCUCCUCGCCUUCAUGAGUGCAGACGAUGUAGACAUUUUAACGGACCUGUUUGGGCGUCACAAGCUGCAGUUCUUGGAUGAUGUCUUGGGAAGCUCAGAAACAAUGACAGGUGAUCCUGAUACGACUGACUCUAUAGUCCUGGAUGUAGAGAGACUUCUGCAUCACCACAUGGAGAUGCUUGUUGCUCCAAGCAAAAGGCUGCAGGAUGCACCGCAGGAGGACAAAGAAAAGACCAAAACACUGCUCGCACUUCAGAAGCUAGAAAUGCUGCUAGCAAAAGUAAGAGAGACUUUCAGCACAGGAAAGCCAGACACCAGUAACACAAGCCAUCAAGCUGAUGGCAGCUGUGUUGGUGAGUCCUGUUCAACUCCCAAUAAAGAUAAGGAAAUGUAUGACGAGUUACAAAAGGUGGGAGAUUCCUCGGUAGGCCUGGAUACUAACACUCCGAAAGAUGAAUGGAUGGGACGGGAUAAACAGAGUGAUAAAAAGAUAGGUGGUGGCACAGAGGAGGAGAGGGUAACUAAGAAAGAAGAAAGAGACAUUGAGCCAGGACCGCCAAAAAAGCAAGAAGGGCUAAUACAGCAAACUCUGGACUUUGUUCAUAAGAUCGCUGAGGACUCAAGCACUCAUGUCCAUGCAGCGAGAGAGCUCCUAGUAUGGCUGACUGUGCAGGUUGUAUCUGCACUGCCUGAUGACAUCAGACCUGGACCAGACCUGUAUGGGUUGCCAUGGGAGCCAGUCAUCGUCUCUAGUCUGGUGGGGCUUGUGACAAUGCUGCUGUUCACCUGUAGAUGCUACAGCUCUGUAAAGAGCAGAUUUUAUCGAAGUAAAGAGCGAUGGAUGGCUGAGCAGGUUGCACAGCUGCUGGAUGAGAAGUGUAAAGUCCUUGAGACUCUCAGCAAAUGUCAACAAGAGUAUGAUGACCUGGAGGGCUCGUUAAGAGACAGUGGCGUUCUGGCCCAAACUAAAAAAACAGAAGAACUGGAGGUCAAAGCCAGACAAAUGGGACAUGACAAAAAGGAGCUGGAGAGGGAUCUUAAACAACUGAAGGAUCAACUGGACCAGCAGAAAGAACACAGGAAAGAGCAGGAAAGGAGGAUAGCAGUGCUUGAGGAGAGCAUGGAAACAUCUGAAGAAGAAACCAAAGACCUCCACUCACAAGAAGAACAGGCACAAACUACCUUGAAAGUGUACAAUAUGAACAGUGAAAGACUGCAGAGGAAUAUGGAAACAGCUGGAGAGGAGAACAAAUUGUUACAGGAAAGUAAUGCACAGUUGAGGCAGCAGGUGGAGGGAUGGGCGGAGAGAGUGAGCGAGUUAGAGGAAGAGAUAAGCAGGUGUGAGGUUUCCCACAGUGGGAUGCUGCAGGAUGUGACCAACAAGGAUGAGCGUAUAUGGUCAUUAACAGACAGGCUGCUAAGGAUGAAAGCUUGGGAUCCAGACAUGGAGGAAGAGGGUGGUCAGGAAGAAGGAGAACAGGAGACAUCGAAUGGUACAGCGAGGAGACGAGAGGAAAACGGAAGAGGAGACAAAACAGACACACAAGGUCAUCUCCAGAAAGUCCAGAAACUAAUCUAUGCUGCUAAGCUGAAUGCAGACCUCAAAUCUGUAGAUGAAGACAAGGACAGAGCAUUUGCCAAACUGAACGAUGAAAUAAAAGCUAAAGAAGACCUGGAAGUGAGCAUCAAGGAACUGGAGAAUGAGAAAUUAUCCCUGCAGUCAGACUCUGAGCACUACUCAGAUCAAGUGCAAAGGCUACAACAGAAACUCAACAUUAUGACAGAAAUGUACCAGGAGAAGGAGCUGAAGCUGCACAGGCUGCUGACGGUAGAGGAGAAGGAGCGCAUGCAGAAGGAAGAAAGGUUAAACAAAGCAGACAAAAACAUCGCUUUGGCCAUGGAAGAACUCAACAACUAUAGGCAACGAGCAGAGGAGAUGGAAGAGGAGCUGGAAAAAUCCAAACAAUCUUACCAGACUCAAAUAUCAGCACAUGAGAAGAAGGCACACAAUAACUGGCUGGCAGCCCGAGCAGCUGAGAGAGAGCUUGCAGACAUCAGGAGAGAGAACGCCCUCUUCAGGCAGAAGCUGACAGACACACAGUUUAAACUAGAUGCCCUGGACAAGGAUCCCUACGCGUUGGAUAGCUUGGCUAGACCUCUGCCUUUCAGAGCAGAAAGGUCACCAUACGCUCCGUCUCCUUUGGGUCGACCUGCAUCUGAAACUAGAGCUUUCCUAUCUCCACCAACAUUAAUGGACGGGCCCCCUGCUAGACUGUCUCCUAGAGUGCCUCGUGGUCCUAUGGACCCCCCAGGUGGCCCAGGGGAUAUGGAGCGGAGCGGAGGUCCUCAUUCAGACAGUGGCUCAAUCUCCCCUACAUGGGAGAGAGAUCGCAGGGGACCCCCACCUGGACCCCCCGGGCCCCUAGGACAUCCAGGCUAUAUGUUCUCUGAUCCAGGAGGUCCAAUGUACAGGAGAGCUCCGCCUCCUCCAGGGGCUAUGGGCCCUUUUCCAACUCCUGGCCCUUUUCCACCUGGCCCUCUCCCUCCUAGGGGUCUCCCCCCAGGACCGUUCCACCCUGCAGACAUGACUGAUGGCUCAUUCCGAGAAAACAGUUUUGGUCCUGGUGAAAUGGAACACAGAGAGUCUGGUCCUGGUGAUCGAAGGACUCCCCCUGAAGCUGAAUCAAGGACGGGGGGCCCACUCCUUCCUGGACAUCCAAUGGGCCCCAUGGAUGGUCCCUUUCCCCGCAGACCCCCCUAUGGACCACCACCUCCAGAUUUUUACCCUCCCAGGAUACCUGGGGGACCACCCAUGAGACCUAUGUGGGCCCUUCCACCUCCAGGGAUGAUGUUCCCUCCGCGCUUUCCUCCUGGUGGACCUCUCCCUCCUCAUCCUCAACAAGCUCCCAUGAUGCGCCCUCCUCUCCCCGAUGGCCUUCCACCUCCUUCGAUGGGUCCUCUUCCUCCUCGACAUGCCCUCCCCUCUCCCCCACACAGCCAGUCACCAGAGCAGCACACACCCUCGCCUGAGGAUGCCAUUUGAGCCUGACCAGGUGUCCUUGAGCUGAGAGAUGCAGCGUUUCUGAUUUAAAAUUCCUGUUGUUAGAUGGAUGUUUGGGCAGGUUGCUGUUUUUUUUCCAUUCCUAUAUUUACUUUAAAGUCUUCUUGUUAACCGGGGCUCUGUCUUUAAUGAAGUGCAGGCAAACUAUCAGUCCUCUUUGUUUCUGUCUUUCUGCUGCUGCUUGGUCUUCAUCCUCUUUCUCUCUGCUGCCCUGACUCUUUCCUUUUUUCUUUCUGUGAUACUCUCACUUGGCCCUCUCGUCAUCCAGCACUAUUCUCUGUUAAGUAGUUAAUUGCUGUGGAGUCACAGUGACAGCGGUUGAGGCAGGAUUCAUGAGUGCAGCAGCUGAACCUGAAGAUGUACGUUUGUGGGAACGUAGUCAUGGAAACCAGAAACAGUUGUUUAUUAGCUUGACAAUGCCACAAAGGACUUCGAUGGCACUUAGUUUCCAUGUGUGGAUGUAGAGAUCAUGCAUGUGUGGUAUGCGGCAGAGACUGGAGUGUUUAACUUAUGUUCACAUUUCACCCUGAUGGCACAGUAAGAGAUUUCCUUCUCAAGGAGAUGACUAUCAGGGAAGACAUUUCUCUGACAUUUUUUAGGUCUCAAAACACCAACAACACUUUAGCUGUUGUCACCAUCCUUUUUAAUGAACCUGUUCAGCAUGUUCUGGACCUGAAUUUGACUAGACUUCAAAAAGAGUACACCCAAUCAUGCUUUGUCUCUGACUGACUUGAUCUGAAAUUUAGGAUUUUUUUUUUGUUGUUGAGGAAAAUAUGCUUCUAAGGUGUGUGAGAAAGUUUUACAAAUUAUAUUUGAAGUUGCAGACCUGACUUUCAGUGGCCUUUAACAGCAAAGAUCAGGAAGGAAACAAUGCUUUUGAUCAUGUUUCAAGGACUGGCACAUAUCCUAGGCUUGAAGAAGUGGCUGGAAGCAGCUGCUUACUGUGGAACUAAGCUGUGACUCAUUCUGGAAGUCACACAACAGUGAAAGGAAGAGAGGCGCCUUUAAAAGCCAGAUGACACCCAUGUGAAUUUUGUAAUAAAAAAUGAUUAUUAAUAGAUGAAUAAAGACUGUCCAAUUGUA